CAUUUUAAUUUAACAACAUGUAAAUUGUUUUACAAUAUUUAUCAUAUUUAUUGUAGAAAAAAGACAAUUCUUUUCUGAUUUUCAAAUAUCUAUUACAUCAAAUUGAGUUGAUACAAGCGUUGGAGAAUCCUCUGAGUAGCAUUAUUUUGAAGGCGAUUAUUUAUUUUGAAAAUUCUUCAAUUGCAGGAUAAUUGGGUAAUCGACGAAAGAAUUCUUUUUGAAAUUGUAGUUCAUCAAUUUUUCCGUUUAUUAUAUCUUUCUAUUACGUAUUGUAAUUAUUUUAUCAGUACGUGAAAAAUUUACGGAAUGUCGUCGAACAAUGAAAAUGAUUAUUCCAGUAGUGAAUGUUAUCUAUAUUCUGAUGAUUACAGUGAGGAAUAUGAGCAUUUUGAGAAUUACUGUAGUACUGACGAUUACACGCCUAUUUUUCUCGCCGUUCACAAAGGUGAUUUAAAUAGUGUUAGUACUCUACUAAAUGAAAAUAAUUUAGAAAAAAGUGUGCAUGGCAAAAGAAUGUUGCACGUGGCAGCAGCACGAGGUCAUCUACAGAUUGUCGAUUUAUUGAUAAAAAACGGAGCUAAACUUAAUGUCGAGGACUUCAAGAAAAGAACACCGUUUUAUGUAGCUUUACAGCAAAAUAAAGUCGAAGUAGCCGAAUUUCUAUUGGAAAAUGGAGCACGUAUUGAUAUUCCAAGAAAGGGCGGAAGAACAACACUUCGUGUCGCGAUAAAAACACAGAACAUUCGAAUUGUCGAGAGACUUUUGAAACAGGGUGCUAUGGUCAAUGUACGAGAUGAUAUUUCCCGCAUGAAACCAAUUGAUCUUGCUGCCAGUCUUAAUAAUAUCCAACUUGUGGAACUUCUUCUGAAGUACGGCGCCAAGAUGGAUGAAAUUGAUGAGUUUCGCGAUGAACAAAAAUAUGUCCAGAAAAGAAUGACAGCUCUUCAUUUUGCCGCUAAAUUUGGUAAUUUAGAAUUGGUUAAAUUAUUAAUGUCGAAUGGAUUUUACAAAAUUGAUGUGGGAGAUUCACAUGAUAAAACACCCCUAGGCUUAGCAAUAGGCGAACAUUGUUUAGGUGUUGUGAAAUACAUGCUUGAAAGUGGAUCAAAAAUAAAUGAGGAUAUUCCUCUCAUCGAUCUUUGUGUAACCAAUGAAGAUAUAGAUAUCUUGAAAUUUCUACUUGAUCACGGUAUAAAACAAGUUACGGAUCACACAAAAACUCCACUUUAUUGCGCAUUAGAUAGGCAAGAGUAUGAACUUUGGAAGUACCUAAUAACCUGCUAUUCGAAAAUUGAUGCUGUUCUGUGCUCCAAGGAGACUGAACUUCAUUCCGCUGUGCGCACUAACGACAUUGAAAAGGUACAAGAAAUUCUCAAAAAAAUAAAAGUAAAUUCUUUAUCUGGUGAAUUGGGACAAUUCGCAGUUUACAUCGCCGUUGAAAACGGAAACGAGGAAAUGUUAACGAUUCUCCUGGAAGCAGGCUGUUCAGUUGAAAGUUGUUUUAGGGACAAAUUAUCUCCUCUCCAUAUUGCAGCCACAUUCGAACACACACGUUUGGUGGAAAUUCUUCUGAAAUUCGGUGCGAGGAUUAAUUCAGAAACAAGAGCACUCAGUCUCCCAUUGGAUUUUGCGGCAGUUAUGGGAAAUUUAAAUAUGAUUAAAUUUCUCUUAGACUCUGGUGCUAAUCCCAUUAGAAAAGAUGAAAGAAUUUCAUCACUAAGAUAUUUAUUAAACCAAAAUAACAUUUUAGAAACAAUCACAACUUCAAUGUAUCAUAAUUUAUUAAAAGCAACAGAGCUGUUAUUAAUUGCCGGAGAUCUAAAGCAUACAAGUGACGAACAUGUUGUUUCAUUGUUAAGAGAUGCUUUCAGCUUAAGAGUUUUUAGAGAGGGCGAACAAACUCUGAUUAGUGACAAUGAAGAGUUUGUGAAUAGUGAGGGGAAAAAAGGGGAAUUUCGUCCUGAUAUUGUUAGGUGCUUGCUUAAUUAUUUAGACAAUAAAUUACUCAAAGAAGUUAUAAAUUUAAUCUUAUGUGAUGAUCACAUUAAUUCUGAUAUUUCUGAAAUUAUUAUCGAAUAUUACGAUUAUAAUUUCAUUCCAAUCGAUCCUUAUUUUACUGGAUGUGAUUGGACUGAUUUAUUUAUAGUAAAUGAAAUAAAGCACGAUUACAGGCUUUUGAAUAUUACGCGAAAUAAUAUGUUUUCGAGUAAAUUAAUGGAAAAUGAUGAUGAACUUUUAAAGUUGAUAAUUACACGUCUUGAACUGCUAAAACCCAGUUGCAAAGAAAUAAUAAAAUAUUUCAAUUCAAGUGAAUAUAAAAGAAAAAUUCAAAAAUUUCAAAAUGAAUGUCGAGAACAGAUAAUAAUUAUGGAAAAAACAAAAGUUAUGGAAGAAUUAAAUUUGACUUUUUACGAUAUUCUAGUAGAGUCUACUGACAAAAUUGCGAGUUGCAUAAGAGAUGUGAAGUUGUUAAAUAGCAAUGAAUUAACGUAUGAUAAAUUUCCCGCGUAUACAAAAUUUUUAAAGUUACGUAUUGAGAAAGUAAAGUGCAGAAGUGAGUUGAUUGACAUAUCGACGAAUUGUUUGUAUCAUUACAUUGAGAGAAAUUAUAAAAUUCAAUUUUCAACAAUUGAUCUACAAGAAAUAUUACAAUAUCUUUCAAUGUGCGAUCUUCGAAAAUUGUCAUCAGUUUUUUCCGAAUUUUCUCACUUUAAAAAACAGUGAAAAAUAGUGAUCGACGAUAAAAAAAAUUUGAAAUUUCACUAUAAUACUAUCUCAGUCACAGUUUCUGUACUUUUUUAGUUCAAAUCAGACUAAAGUAUUUUUAAAAAAAUCUUCUUUUUAUCAAUUUGUUGCAUCUACUGCAACAAGUUUUGUACUCUCCAUUAUAUUUUUGUAUUGUCUAUUGUACUUGCUAUUAUAUGUAAGAUAAAGCUAAGCAUGCUUUAUGCUUUAAUACAGGAAUAAAUAAUUUUUACAUAAAA